CCCGGCGAGCGAGUUGGGCAGUUUGGGUGUCUGUUCUAGGGCCUGGUUUGGGGUAGGAGCAGCCGCGUAUCUUGGUUGCAUUUUGUGGCUGGUCUUACCGAUUGUCGGCAAAUUACCGGCAAAGGCAAGACGGACAUAGCCCGAGAGGGACCAGAGGAUGUCUUUACCAACAAGCUAUCGGCACAAUGCUAUGUCAGCACCAGUUCAAACACCACCACCACAUCAUUACAUGCAGUAUGGUGGCAUGCCAAACAAUAUUCUGAAAGAGCGUUUACGAGCAUCAGGUGGAUUGAACUCGAAAGAAUCUAACAUCAGUCCCUUUACGCCAGCAACCAACAACCCAAACUUCAACCCACAGAGAGUGGGCAGUAAGCCUGUGAUCCUUGCGCAGCCACCCAAACCGCCCAAGGGCCCCGAGAAGCCUUUGAUGCCGUACAUGAGGUACAGCAAGAGCGUCUGGGAAACCGUAAAGCAGCAACACCAGGACCUCAAGCUAUGGGAGAUCGGGAAAAUAAUCGGCUCCAUGUGGCGCGAUUUGCCUGAGAGCGAGAAGCAAGACUUCAUAGACGAUUACGAAAACGAGAAGGUGGAAUAUGAGCGCGCUGUCAAGGAAUACCACGCCUCAGCAACAUAUCAGGCCUAUCUGUCUGCAAAGAACAAAGCGGCCGAGGAGCAGCCGCCGCACGUGCACGAGGUGAAGCCGCCCGUCAACACGGUGAUGAAGGGCCUGGACCGGCGCAUCGACAUCCAGCCGGCGGAGGACGAGGAAGACCAGGACGAGCAGUUCUCGGUGAAGCAGGUGGCGCACGCUCGCUACCUGCGCAACCACCGGCUCAUCAACGAGAUCUUCUCGGACACGGUGGUGCCUGACGUACGCACGGUGGUCACCACGCCGCGCAUGCAGCUGCUGAAGCGCCAGGUGCACAGUCUCACCAUGCACCAGAAAAAAUUGGAGGGAGAGUUGCAGCAGAUUGAGGAGAAAUUCGAGGCAAAGAAACAGAAGUUUGAGGAGUCGACCGAAGUGUUCAACGAUGAACUCAAGACCCUCUGCGAGAAGAAGGUAGAUGAGGCGAUGUUCAGCAAUAUGGUGAAGAAACAGAUGGAGGUUCUACGGCGCGAGAGGGAGGAGCAGCUAAAGCCUGUAGAGCCAGUCCAGUCGCCGGCGCCGAUGACAGGCAGCAACGUGGCGACGCCAGCGGACCCCAGCGCCGACGAGCCGGCUGCCGAGGCCAGCCCCAUGGAGACGGAUCCGGAGUCGGCGCCGGAGCCCGGCGAGCGGCCGGCCGCCGAGGCGCCGCCGCCACCGCCGGCCGAGCACGCGCCACCGGCUGAGGAGGCGGUCCCGACCGCCCCGGAGUCGCCGGCCGCUGUCCCGCAGCAGCAGCCGCAGCCGCAGCCGCAGCCGCAACCGCAACAGCACUGCCUCCAAGUGGAGGGUAGCUGA